AUGUGUGGCUGCAGAUCCAGCGUGCCCGGCACAGUGCAGUACUCCGUAAAGCAGCCUGCUCUUGCUUUGCCCAAAAAGAGCCCUUCAGCAGCAGGAGACAUGCCCAAACGCAUACCUAUAGCCAAGCAGCUGGCCUCAAUAAAAGCUCUUCGGAAAGGCUCAGACCUUGAAAAAGCUUUUGCUACUGCUGCUUUGGUGUAUAACAACUCCGCUGACCCCAAGGGCAAACUCAGUAAAGCAGAAGCCAAAAGCCUGCUGCAAACCCAAUUUUUGAGUUUCAUGCAGGGCCAAGAAAGCAAACCAAAAUACCAGGAAAUAAUUUCUGCCCUGGAUGAGGAGUCAGAGAACAAAAUUGAUUUUGAAGACUUCAUGAUCUUGUUAGUCAGUCUUGCUCUAAUGUCUGACCUGCUGCGGGAGAUCAGAAAUGUGAAAACCACAAAGUGA